UCAUUUACAAAGCACCUGGAGAGAUUAUCCCUAGAUCUAACCCUAGAAGAUAUAACAACAAGAUGAACUACUUGUACAUUGAUUCAGCAAACAGCAAGUCCUACAUACACAAUAGACCCGGCUACAAGAACCUCAAAGAUCCAUCUGGUGCCUUGGCCCACACCCUGAGACCAAUCUUGAAGAAAAUUAGAAACAUGGAGCCAAACUUUGGAUUCAUCAGCUACAGUGAUCAACCUCCAGGAUGUUCCUCACAUAACACGUUUGGCCACAGUAAAGGGGUGAUCAUGGUGGAAAGAGAGAGAGCUGGGGUCUGGCUCUUGCACAGCACACCUCAAUUCCCCUUCAGAAGAGACCAAAACAAUUUCUGGCCUGAAUCUGGAUUACAACUUGCUCAGACGUUCAUCUGUGUAACUUUCAACUAUAACCAGUUCAUACAGAUUGGUAAACAUCUGCAGUACAUCAGAGCUUUUCCAUUUGAACAUGAUAUUCCAGAUGAUUUCCAUCAAGAGCUCAUAGAUGCAACAAAACGGGUUGAAGUUCCCCCAUCGAGUGAUUACCAAACACUCAGAUCAAGAGGAGGUCUGAGCUUUUAUAGCAUUGCUAAACAACAGUUGCAAGAGCCAGAUGGAGACCUGUACCACACUAUUGCCCGGGCAGUUCAGAGUCAUGUGUAUGUGCAGACGUGGGGCUGCCAGAAAGAUCGGGCCGAUUCUGACUGCUCAGACACCAAUCAUGUGUACAACAUUAAAACUAUAAAAAAGGUUCUGGGUCCUGCUAGUACAUGGAGUCCUACAAAGGACCAUUCAAAGUGGUGUGUGACCAACAGUGAAUCCAACCGUGAAUGGACCUGUAUAGCUGAUGUCAACAGGGCUCAAACCCAGUAUCAGAGACGAGGCGGGGCACUGUGCAUUGUGAACAGAGACGUAAGAAACAAGUUCUGGGAGUUUGCUAGAGAGUUUGAUGAAUGUAGUACGACCCCAACCACCACGGACACCAGUGACUGUGAGCCUGACUUAAAAAGAAUCCACUUGGAUCCGUCAGUGAUAGGCUGAAUACAGCUCAACUUUACUUCACUGUGGACUUUACCAAUCCUGCCGUUAAAUAUUAAAAACAUAAGGAAAAGGAAAGAUUCGUAAGUGUUAGUUUAAUUAUCAUUCUGAAAAGAUGUGUGACAAUAUGACAAACACUAAAAUAAUAA